AUGAAUAAAGUUUGUUGGCCUUACUUUGAUCCUGAGUUUGAUACUCUCCCUGAAAGAAUAUAUGGCCCACCUUGUAGAGUUUGCAUUGACAAUGAAAGCAUAGAAGGAUGCACAGUGGUGAAGGUAGAUAGCCUUAACCAGCAGGGUCUCCUUCUAGAAGUAGUGCAAAUUUUAACAGACAUGAACCUUCAAAUCUGCAAAAGCUAUAUUUCAUCUGAUGCUGGCUGGUUUAUGGACGUAUUUCAUGUGAGAGAUGAACAUGGCAACAAACUAACCGACCAGAAAGUCAUCAACUACAUCCAACAGGCCAUAGGAAGAUCAAAAGGCUGUCCACCAUCACACAAUAACAAUUCAGUGAUAACAAUGACCAACAAGACCUACUCCAAAACACUCUUUCCACUGGUUCACCACUCAAAUGAGCAACAUACAGCCAUAGAAAUGACUGGAACCGAUCGUCCAGGCUUGUUUUCUGAGAUCUCUGCUGCCUUAGCUGACCUUCAUUGCAAUAUUGUUGAAGCUCAUGCAUGGAGCCACAAUGCAAGGUUGGCAUGUGUUGCUUAUAUUUCUGAUCAAUCCACAGACUUAGCCAUUGAUGACCCUUCUCGUUUAGCUUCCAUUGAGGGCCACUUAACCACUGUGCUACGUGCCACUACCAACCCAAUUGGUAGUGGCACAAACCACCCUGAUGUUAAGACUUCAGAGCUUCUUGGAGGAGAAGGCACUAUGACCACUGUGGAACGUAGGUUGCACCAACUUAUGCUUUCAGUUAGGGACUUUGAGGCUCCCUCUUCCAAAGAGAUGAUGGGAAGGAAAAGGAUGGUGACAAUUGAAAGUUGUGAGCAAAAAAAGUAUUCAAUUGUGAGUAUUGAGUGUAAGGACCGUCCCAGGCUCAUGUUUGAUACUGUUUGCACGCUAACAGAUAUGCAAUACGUGAUUUUCCAUGCUUCCAUUAGUUCCCAUACAGGUUAUGCAUUCCAGGAGUAUUUCAUCAGGCAUGUAGAUGGAUAUGCUUUAAAUACUGCAAGCGAAAAGGAACGAGUAAUGAAAUGCUUAGAGGCAGCUAUAGAACGUCGAGUUUGUGAGGGUGUUAGGCUAGAAUUGCGUGCAGAAAAUAGAGUUGGGUUGCUCUCAGAUAUAACUAGAGUACUCCGUGAGAAUGGCCUUGCUGUUGUGCGAGCAGAUGUUGAAACACAUGGAGAAAAAUCUGUGAAUGCUUUCUAUGUGAGGGACAUAUCAGGGAAUGAGGUUGAUAUUGAAUACUUCAGCAAGUCAGUGAAGAAAGAAAUGGGUGCAAUUGUCACCGUCCAUGUCAACAAUGAUACCAGCAGAAGAAAAGCAACAACACCUGAACACUCCCCCCUCUCAUUUGGAGGCAAGCUAAGAUCUCGGAUUGAACGUCUUUCUCAUGCCUUCAUUCAAUAG